GGUUUGUACUAGAGACGCGCGGAACGCGAGCCGACUCACAAAAGGACGCAAGCGCGUCAGGAUGGAGCCGUUUGAUUAACGGAGAAAGCGUGAAUAUUAUUGUACGAUGAAACGGACGCCAGUGUUUGUGUUCAGUUGUCGAGGCUGAUCAACGUUGAACAUUAUCGCGUGGGAAAGGACUGGAUUUAAAGGGCCAGCAGCACGCAAACGCGAACAUGGACCGAUGCGCCACGGUUCUGGCCCCGGAUCGGGAUAAACAGUAUUGCGAGUUGUGUGGAAAGAUGGAAAACCUCUUAAAGUGCGGUCGGUGCCGGAUUUCCUUCUACUGCAGCAAGGAGCAUCAGAAGCAGCAUUGGAAAAAGCACAAACUCACCUGCAGAGAGGCUGACAAGAGCAAGACAGUGCCACAAACUCCUCAUCAGCAGGACAAAACUGAUCCAGAUCUGAUCAACAGAACCGAAAGCUCAGAAACGGUCAGCAGCAGCACCACCAAACCCAAACCCCAAAGCCAUAAACUGGCCACUGACUAUAUAGUCCCAUGCAUGAACAAACACGGCAUUUGUGUAGUGGACAGCUUUCUGGGUGAAGACAUGGGGCUGUCCAUUCUGGAGGACGUGAAAGCUCUCCAGCAGACCGGGAAAUUCACUGACGGACAGCUGGUGAGUCAGAAAAGUGACUCUACUAAGGACAUCAGGGGGGAUAAAAUCACUUGGAUCGAGGGGACGGAGCCUGGGUGCGAGAAGAUCUGCUUCUUGAUGAGUCGCAUGGAUGACCUGGUCAGGAAUUGCAAUGGAAAACUGGGAAACUACUCAAUAAAUGGAAGGACUAAAGCGAUGGUGGCGUGUUAUCCGGGGAAAGGCACUGGUUAUGUGCGCCAUGUGGACAACCCAAACGGCGAUGGGAGAUGUGUCACAUGCAUAUAUUACCUUAAUAAGAAUUGGGAUGCCAAGGCAAACGGGGGAGUACUGCGGAUAUUUCCAGAGGGUAAAGCACAGUUUGCAGACAUUGAACCUAAAUUUGACCGCUUGGUUUUAUUCUGGUCUGAUAGACGAAACCCUCAUGAGGUCCAGCCUGCAUAUGCAACAAGAUAUGCCAUUACGGUGUGGUAUUUUGAUGCUGAUGAGCGAGCGAAGGCUAAAGAAAAGUACCUAAUAACAGGUGCUGGUGAGAAAGGAGUGAAGGUGGAGCUAAACAAGCCGUCGGAACCAAGCUAAUCAAAUUAUCAUUAAUCUGGACUUUUUAUUCUGCGUGGUUAAAAGAAGAGUCAGAAAUGGUGACGGAUGUCCGUGACGAAGCAAGAAAAAAGAGUGGAAUUGAUGGAGAUUAAAAACUCUGCAGAAAUCAACCACAGUUCCAUAGAACCAGCUAAUUUUAAAUGACUCUGUUGGUUUAAUUUCAGUUUUAAAAAGGUACUGUUCUCUGUAUUACAUUUACAUUAAUGCCUCUCAUGUGACUGGAGCCACUGUGCCUCUGAGGAAUGUUUAAAAAGCCUUUUGCUUUGUUUCUGGGACGAGUAUUUUGCAUUUUGACCUGAUCUUAGUGAAUCAAGCUGCAUAUGUUCUCUAUGCAUGUUAUUUCUCAUCACUGCCUCAAUUCUGAUCAGAUUGUCUGUUCAUAUUGAAAUACACCCAAUGCCAGCGAGGUAAUGAACUUUCGGCAUGUUUGCUCAGGACUGUGAGAUGGCAGAUGCAUCAUGGGAAUGGUGCAAGUCCAGUAUUGAACGUUAUUGUCUGUCAUGACCGGUAUUGUCUAAUUUCGACAAAAUUAAAGAAUGUUUGCUUUAUAGAUAUUGUUUCUCUUUUAAAAAAAAUUCUGAAACAAUUAUAACAAUUAGAAUUUA